GCUUCAAGUAAAAAUCAGGAAAUUGAAUGGGCUUUGUCUUGUGGUUUUAAGUUCUUAUUGCUGGAGAGAUUCCCUCAGCCUCUGAGGGUUGAACUGGUUGACUUCAGUGGUCGUUUGGUGAUUCUGAUUUCUGGAGUAUUCCUCCAGUUUUAUAUGUAUCAUUCUGCCCAACAGGUCUCCCUGUGUAGUGCCUGGGUGAUCACAGUGUAUUUAUGUUAGGAUCCCAUGACAUUUAAAGAUGUGGCUGUAGACUUCACGUUAGAAGAGUGGAGGUUGAUGGACCCUUCACAGAGGAACCUACACAAGGAUGUGAUGCUAGAGAAUUAUAGGAAUCUUGUCUCCCUGGGGCUCGCAGUUUCCAAACCAGACAUGAUAUCUCAUUUGGAGGCUGGAAAAGGACCAUGGGUGGUAGUGAGAGAAAUUGCAAGAACCCCCUACCCAGAGUUGGAGACCAAACCUGCAACCAAGAAUGCUGUAUCAACAGAGGAUGUUUCUGAAGAUGUAUCACAAGGGACCGUAAUAGAUAAACUCACAGAGAAUGGUCUUUGGAACUCCAGAAUAGGAGGAUUAUGGAAAUGGAAUGAAAGGAUAUUAAGAUUGCAAAAUAGUCAGGAAAGUCAUUUGAAUCAAAAAAUAGUUACUCACAAGAAAAUUCCCUCUGGUCAAAGAAGAUUUAGAUUUGGAUCUCUUCUUUUUCCUGAAGCAGGCAUUAUCACAGAAGAACCCCACAGCAAAUGCCAAACACAUGAGAAUUUCACUGGGAAUUUAAAUUUGAUUACAGAUACCCAUCUGGGGAAGAAACUUUGCAAGGAUACAAAAGGCGACAAAGCCAUAAGGCCUGCCUCAGAACUUACCUUAAAGCCCUAUAAAUGUAGUACAUGUGAGAAGUCCUUUCAUUGUAGGUCAUUACUCAUUCAACAUCAGAGAACUCACACUAAAGAAAAACCUUAUGAAUGUGAUGAAUGUGGAAAAAUGUUUAGCCAGCCAUCAUAUCUCAGUCGACAUAAAAAAAUUCACACAGGAGAAAACCAUAAAUGUAAUGAAUGUGGGAAAGCAUUCAUUAAUUAUUCAUACCUUACCGUACACCACAGAAUGCAUACAGGAGAGAAACCUUAUAAAUGUAAUGAAUGUGGAAAGGCCUUCAUGCGUUCUUCAUCCCUAAUUAUACAUCAGAGGAUUCAUACUGGAGAAAAACCUUACCUAUGUAAUGAGUGCGGGGAAUCUUUCAGAAUAAAAUCACACCUAACUGUACAUCAGAGGAUUCAUACUGGAGAGAAACCAUAUAAAUGCACCGACGGUGAGAGGGCAUUUGCCAAAAUGGUAAAUCUCAAAGAGCAUCAGAAAAUUCAUACUGGAGUGAAACCUUAUAAAUGCUGUGAUUGUGAAAAAUCAUUCAGGACUAAGUCAUACCUUACUGUACAUCAAAGGACCCAUACUGGAGAAAAACCAUAUAAGUGUACUGAAUGUGAGAAAGCUUUCACUAAUACAUCACAACUUACUGUACAUAAAAGAAGUAGGCACACUGGGAAAAAAACCUAUAAAUGUAAUGAGUGUGGGAAGGUUUUCACAAGUAACUCAGGCUUUAAUAAGCAUCAAAAAAUACAUACUGGAGUGAAACCAUUUAAGUGUAAUGACUGUGGGAAAGCAUUUAGCCAGAUGGUUCAUGUCACAGGACAUCAGAAAAUCCAUAGCGGAGAGAAACCCUAUAAAUGUGAUGUCUGCGGAAAAGCCUUUAGGAGUAGUUCAUACCUUACAGUGCAUAAGCGAACACAUACUGGAGAAAAACCCUAUACAUGUAAGGAACAUGGAAAAGGUUGUAUCACUCUAUCGCAGCUAACUCUCCAUCAGAGAAUUCAUACUGGGGAAAGGCCCUAUAAAUGUGAGGAAUGUGGAAAAGCCUUCAGAACCAACUCAGACCUUACUGUACAUCUGAGGGUGCAUACUGGAGAAAAACCCUAUAAAGGUAAUGAAUGUGGGAAAGCCUUCAGAACCAACUCAGACCUUACUGUACAUCUGAGAAAGCAUACUGGAGAAAAACCCUAUAAAUGUAAUGAGUGUGUGAAGGUUUUCAGAAAUAAGACAGUCUUUAAUAACCAUGAAAGAACACAUGCUGGAAAGAAAUCAUUUAAGUGUAAUGACUGUGGGAAAGCAUUUAGCCACAUGGUACAUGUCACAGAACAUCAGAAAAUCCAUAGCGGAGAAAACCCUAUAAAUGUGAUGUCUGUGGGAAAGCCUUUAGGAGUAGCUCCAGCCUUACUGUACAUCAAAGAAUCCAUCAAAGAGAAAUUCAGCUAAUAUAAAGAUUAAUAAAGCAUUCAUCCAGAUGCCAGCACCACAAGAGAAAUCCAAUUGUGUCUUUUAUGGACAAUUCACCAGAGAAAAUACACACUUAAGAGAUACUUUAGAGGGGUUGUCUGGGUGACUCAGUUGUUUAAGCAUCUGCCUUCACUCAGGCCAUGAUUCCGGGGUCCGGGGAUCAAGCCCCACAUCGGGCUCCCUGCUCAGCGGGAAGUCUACAACUCCCUCUGCCCCUCCCCCUGCUCUUGCUCUCUCUUUCAGGCUCUGUCUCAAAUAAAGUCUUUUAAAAAGAGAGAGAUACUUUAGAAACAUAAGAAUGUGUUAAAGCAUACCAUCAUAUUAAAUCUUAGAAGGUCUAAGGAAAUUCACAAUAGAGAAAAAUAAUGGGCAAAUGAAAAUACUCAUCCAGAUUUCAUACUUACUGAACAAGUCAUCUUCAGUGAAUUGCCUGUAUAUUUUUUGCCUAUUUUUGUAUUGGUUUGUCUUUCUUAGAAAUCUGGAUGUGCUCUUUAUAUGUUUGAAAUAUUAAUCCUUUUUCAUGUGUUGCAAAUUUUUUUAAUCUAGUGAUUGUCUUUAUGCUUUUUAAUAUAGUAAAAGAACUUAACAUUUUAAUUUUUCACAGUAAGAUAUUUAUAUAUUCUCCUUUUUAGAUUGUUACUUUACUCUUUUAAAAAGUUAAAAAGGUCUCCUUCAAACCAUAAGUGACUCUUAAUCUCACAAAACAAACUGAGGGUUGCUGGGGGGAGGGGGUUUGGGAGAAGGGGGUGGGAUUAUGGACAUUGGGGUGGGUAUGUGCUUUGGUGAGUGCUGUGAAGUGUGUAAACCUGGUGAUUCACAGACCUGUACCCCUGGGGAUAAAAAUAUAUGUUUAUAAAAAAUAAAAAAUUAUAAAUUAAAAAAAAAAAGAAAAUGUAAAAAAGUUAAAAAGGUCUCCUUAAUCCCUAAUUUAUACAAUAGUCUCCUAAAUUUGUUUUCUAAGAUUUUGAUUAUUUUUUACAUUUAAGUCUUUAAUCCAUCUGGACUAGAUGGCUAGUCAUAGAAGGAGUAAAUGGCGAUUAUCUCUGAAAAUGUUAAUGAAUCUAAGAAGUACUCAAGGAAAUAUGAAUUAAGACAACCAAUGAGCUGUCACUUUGACUUUGUGAAGUUGGCAAAAAUUAAGAGAUCUUUUGCUAGUGGGUUUUGGGAAACCAUCUACUUUUACAAAGGUUAUAUAUCAACUUAUAUUUCCACCAGCAAUUCAGCAAUAUAUAAUUUUUAAAUAAAUUUUUAAAAUAAAAAUCCUUUGACCUAGCAGUCUCAUGUUGGGAACCUGCCCCUACAGAAGUAACAUCAUCAAUGCAUAAAAAUACAAUUAAGGAGUUUUGUUGAACUAUUGUUUAUAGAGGCAAGUAGAAAACCAAGUGGAGACAAAGUGAAUGACCAUUAAUGGGGGAAUGGUUGAAUAGAUGGUGAUAUAACCAUUCUGUGGAACAGCAUGAGAGUGAUUUUUAAAAUUAGUUAUAUGUACACUAGUUGAUCUCAAGGUAUGUCCACAAUUUUAAUAACGAAUUACUUUAUUACAGAGCUUUAUGUGCACAGGAUUUCAUGUUUGUUAAUGAUCACACCCAUUUAUGUAUAUAUGUGUAUGUGACGAGCAUGGAAACAAGUAUAUAUACUAGAAGAAUAAAUACCAGGCUGUUAUUAUUGAAGGAAUGGAAAAGAGAAGACAGAAGUACGGGAAAGGACUGGAAUUUUUAUAUAAGUGCAACAUGUAUGAAACUCAAUGUAAAACUGUAUUUGUGUAAACUCUUUAGAACCAUGAAUGAAAGGAUGGUCUCCAAAAAGGUAAUGAUUGUUUUAGAGGUGGAGUAUCUAGUAUUUUUUUUGUUUGACUUUUGCACUUUUCUGUAUUUCAUAGGUUUUCUUUCCAGUGAGCAUGUAAUAUUUACAUAAACAUUCCUGUUUAUGUUUUUCCGA